GUGACUCUUAAUCCUGGAGAUUUGGCAGUUUUAGUUUUGGUCAGUUGAGUAAUUCAAUAUUAGUAAUGCAAUAUCUUGUUUCUAUGCGCUGUAUAACAUAUUAUUUAAACGCGGAAAAGAAAUAGCCCUGCAAGGUUUUUUUUUAUGUAUUUAAUGUAUAGGUUUGUGUGUUUGUGAGCCUGCUUUGGCCCCUGCAGGUGGCUUGGUUUGAAAUAGUUUUGCAGCCGGCAAGAAAAAGCCCGCAAUCAUCUGUGUACUUUGUCCAGAGGUAAUUUGCAUAACAACACACUGUAAAACGCGUGUUGUAUUUUUUUUUUUGCUAAGUGAUUUUGUUUAAUUAGCUCCCUGGAGUGAACGGCUCUUAGGCAAGACUGUUUUUGGUGUUUCAUUUUAAGAGUGGUCUGUUUUAGCCGGGCCACGGUGCUCGCUGCAGCACCAGUUUCGCUGGGAUACAAGCAAAAUCGAGUCCGCAGUCUUAAUCUGCUUUGCAUCAAGCUUUCACUACAGGGAGCCGAGACGGAAGCUGUGAAGACAGGAAAGAGAAUGCAUUCCAGAGUGAUAUACAAGCAAUGAAAACUGCAUUUAAAUACAAGGGCAGAAUGACUGUUCCUGCUAUGAUUGUUCCCAAAAGCAACACAAAAGUGUUAUGCUGUACCUAUACCUGUGUGUGAGAUUGGCAUGAGACUCAGAGGGAGGGAUCCUCAAGGUUCUGCUUUGCCGUGGAUAUCCAACGUUCUAGGAGUUCAGAGUGUGAGACUGCGCCUGAGGCUGGAUCGUCACAACAACAAGGGCAAAGGGUGCUGGCAGCUGGUUGACUUGGGUGGAGGGAACGAAAGAAGUUGCCGCAAACUGAGAGAUCGGAUCCGGCCGUCUUCAUCUCAGAGUCCAAUGAGUAUUCCUGCAGCCUCAGUGCAGAAACCAGACAAUAGUGAAAUGCAGUCUCCUGCAAUGAGUCCCACAUUCAUUCCCGGGCAGAGAGGGAAGAUACCAGGCAGAAAACGGGGGAGGCCUCCUCUCCGUUCCACUGUCUCCAAAAUGGAUUUUCAGAAUCGAUACUCUGAGUCUCUGUCACCCUUAAAAGUACCUAAGAAGAGGGGCCGGAAGCCUGGCUUUAAGCUCAAGUCUCGGAUUGUGAUGACUCCUCUGGCUAUCUCCCCUCCCAGCAGUACCCCCGAGCCAGACAUGAGCUCCAUUCCUCAAGACGCUGCCACUGUUCCUCACUCCAUCACCCCGCAAGUGCUCACAGUUUGCAUUUAUAUAAACAAGCAAGCCAACACAGGUCCUAAUCUUGACAGGAAAAAAGUACAACAGCUUCCAGAUCAUUUUGGGCCAGACAGACCAUCUGUAGUGUUGCAGCAAGCAGUGCAAGCAUGCAUUGACUGCGCGUUCCAGCAAAAGGCCGUCUUCUCUCUGCUCACUCAAGGUUAUGGUGGAGAGAAAAUAUCAGCCACGUUUGAUGGAAAACAGCACCUCCUUAGCCUGCCAGUAGUGAACAGCAUUGGCUAUGUGCUGAGGUUUCUGAAGAAGCUGUGCCGUAGCCUGCAUUGCGAGAAUCUCUUCAGUGAUCAGCCUUUCAUGCAGCACAGUGCAGCCUCCUACCACAGUGAGAAGUACUUUGAGGGGAAUGCACACUCCACAGCAGAAACCUCAAUGCCGGAAGAUUACCUGGUCGACCCCAUAGAUCCGAAGAGAUACUCUGUGGACCCCUCUGACUCUGCGUUUAACUUGAUGAGCUCUCCCUACCCACCGAAGCCCUCCUAUGGCUACCGCUCCUGCCAGAGGUUCCCGGGAGGGCCCUCCCCAAUAGGCCCGUGCAGGCAGGCAUCCAGCCCCAGCGCCUUCCAGGAAGGAAAUAGAAGUGCCUAUAGUCCUUCACCUGAGACACAGGAGACCGCCCCUCCACCCAGCAAAGACCCGUCCACCUGGACAGUGGAAGAUGUGGUCUGGUUUGUGAAGGAUGCAGACCCCCAUGCUUUGGGGCCACAUGUAGAGAUAUUCAGGAAACAUGAGAUAGAUGGAAACGCUUUGCUUCUCCUGAAGAGUGACAUGAUCAUGAAAUACCUGGGAUUGAAGCUGGGGCCAGCACUGAAACUCUGCUAUCACAUUGAUAAACUAAAACAGGCAAAAUUCUGAAUUCUCCGAUAGGCAGGAAAACAUUUGGUUAGAAGCAUUGAACAGUCGGGCAAUGCAGGUUAGAGGAUAUUUCUGGGAAAGGACUGAUUUGAUUGCUUUGAAGUUUUUUUUUUUUUUACCAGCCCCAGGCAAAGUAGAGAGAUGUGCAAGGUGAAAGAAUUACCUUCAGAUAUUGCAAAUGAACUGUUAUUUGUGUUUCUCCCAUUCUGGCUACUAUGUGCCAUUCAUUUUGAACAGGCAUUUUAUAGUUUCAGUGAGCUGUUACAUACUAGAUAUAUGCCUCAAAACUUUGAUACCACAUUGGUCAUAUUCUGUAGCCAACUCCAGGUCAACUACAAGGUGAUAAUGGAAAUUGUGUGACAUUUUUCUAUGUGGUUCUAGGUCCAUUAUCACAGAAAUACUCAGUAGCCGGGCCUGUUUAAUCAUCAGUAGCCCAUACAGCAACAGCUACCUUAAUAUAAUGCCAAAAGUCCAGUCACCUCAAACUCAUUAUUAUGAGAAUUACCUUCAAUUUAGCAUUGGUAGAGGGCUGAGAGCUCUUGGGUGCAAGGACAUCCCAAGGCAAUUGCAUGUGAAAAUGGCCCCCAUGCAGGUUCUACUGGCUAAAUCACAGCAUUACCAUGUACAUAUUCAUAAGAGAUACACAACAAUACGUCAAUACCACCUGCUGGGCAUUUAACACGUUACAGCUCACUGUAAUUAGUUACUCAAUAGCCAAUGCUAAAUUCAUGUGUGAUUUAUCUGCUGCUUCACUGAACUGAGAGAUGUCUUUAUCCACAUGCUACUUACAUUAGAAAUGGAUUGCCUGGCACAUCUUUAAGGCCAAGCUAGUUUUAAAAUGUAAGAGUUGAGUCUGCUUAGGAAUUGGAUUAUUAGAGCGGCUAACCAUUAAACAGAGACAUAGUUUGGCAUUACAUUACAACUAGUCAUGUUUUCUAGACAAUUAGAACUUGAAUUAGGCAGUGUCUUGGGUAAGUGCUUUUCAUUUUUACAUUUUCACAGCAUCUCUGUACUGUACAUAUGUUAGAAUUUGAAAGAAGGCAGAUAAUCAGGAAAACGACCAAGUUUUCCCAUGUGUUGCAUUUCAUCUCCACAU